AGUUCUGUGCCAUUACUAGUAUUACUGAUGCUGUGUGUAUUUUUUCAUCAGCAAGCAGCUUUUCCUCUACAGCUCAACCAGUAGGAACCACUGCCAGCCCUUCCCUCACCCAGGCAUCUACUGUCUAUUCAGCUACUGACCAUGCACCCAAGUCAAAGACCUCUACAACACGUACAACCCCAACACCCAGCACUCCAAUAGUGACGAGAAGUACAAGAAGUGCUACCAAUGCUAACAAAAAUAACAACAAUAAUAAUAAUAGCACCAGAUCUAGCAGUCCAGAUAUUCAAGUUUUAAGAGAGAUGCGCAUCCCUACCCAGGCACAGACUUCACCUACUCAAGCAGCUGCAUCAGUCUCAAGUAGCAACAACAACAGCAGCAGCAGCAGUAACAGUAGUAGUAACAGCACUACAAAUAACAACAGUGGAACUUGCUCUUCCUCCACCAAGUUUAUGCCCCUACUUAAUGUCAUAGCCAGACCAAAGAACACACUUCCUCCUGCAGUUGCGAUGAGCCAACGCAAAGAGCUUGAUGCUAAAGUUAAAUCUGUGCUUGUUAAGUCAGCUCAAGAGUUCGUUGAGUGGUUGCUGGGUGAAGGGUUGAUCCGCACUUCUCAGUACUGCUCAACUCAUAAGAUGCAACCCAGCCUUACUCCUAUUAAACUCAAAGUAAGUGCAAUACUCCAUCUAUUGUUGUUUGACCCCUUUACGAAAAAGGGGAUUUCCUUGAUCCAAUGAUUUGGAGCUACAUCU